GUGUCAGGCCCCCACCCCCCCACCCCGCCCCCGGCAGGCCACGCACGACUCGGGCCGCGGCGCUUCCCCUCUCUGGGCCGUGGAAGUGGUUGGUUACCAUGGUGAAGCUGGCAGCCAAAUGCAUCCUGGCAGGCGACCCCGCUGUGGGCAAGACCGCCCUUGCGCAGAGCUUCCGCACCGACGGAGCCCACUUCCAGAAGAACUACACCCUGACAACAGGCGUGGAUUUGGUGGUAAAGACAGUUCCAGUCCCUGACACGGGGGACAGUGUGGAGCUCUUCAUUUUCGACUCUGCUGGCAAGGAGCUGUUUUCUGAAAUGCUGGAUAAACUGUGGGAGAGCCCGGACGUCUUGUGCCUCGUCUACGACGUGACCAGCGAGCAGUCCUUCCACAGUUGCAGCAAGUGGCUGCAGAAGGCUCAGUCCCAGGCCCCCGGCACCGCCCUCCCAGGUGUGUUAGUGGGAAAUAAGACAGACCUGGUUGGCAGACGUGCGGUGGAGUCAACACAGGCCCGGGAGUGGGCCCUGGGCCAAGGCCUGGAAUGUUUCGAAACAUCCGUGAAGGAGAUGGAAAACUAUGAAGCCCCCUUCCACUGCCUGGCCAAGCAGUUCCACCACCUGUACCGGGAGAAGGUGGAGACCUUCCAGGCGCUGGUGUGAGGGCGGGCGGCCUGCUGGCGGCAGCCAGGCGGAGCUGCAGGAAGCUGCAGUGCCUCCGUCUCCCCAGAAGGCGAGAGAAGAUGAAAGUGCCUUGGGGCCUCCGGUGUAUCCUGACAGCUUCAAAUAAAAUAGGAGACAAUGCAGAAGCAACAGCCCCUUCAUUCCUGGCCA